UCCCUCUCCGCCGCGUUUUCCACACCGCCGCAGCCUCGCUGCUCGCCGUCGCUUCCAAGUAACGGAGCGAGCCGGGGAGGCAAAUUGCGGUGAUUCAUCGCGGGCAGAUCGCAGGCAGGAGAUGGGAGCCUGCCGCCUGCCCCGGGCCCGCCGUGGGCUCGGGCUGGGGCUCGCCGAGGCCGGGCUGGCGACGGGGCCCUGACGCCCACGGGCCGAGCGUCCCUGCGCCGCGGCGGCAGCCGCCGGUAGAGCCCCGCGGGGGAAGGCGAACGCCGGGCAGGGGCCGAGCGCCGGAGCUGGGGAUUUUUCGCCUGCGUUGCUGCCGGAGCCGUCGGAGCCAGCUGCCCGGACCGUGACCGGGCUCCUUAACACCCUGCGUGGCUCCAGGUAAUUCCAAUGCGGCACCGGAGUCUCCUAACCCCAUCCUGAUCCAGUGUGCCCCCAGACCCCGCUGCCAUGAAGAAGAAGCCUGCCAAUGGGAGGGGGCUGGAUCCUGCGCUCCCCCAGCAGCGAUCCCGGGGCGUCACCAAGCCGGCAGAGUACGUGGGAUCCUUUGUGGUAGAGAACUUGGAUCUGCAGCAGCAAGCAGGACGGCUGGAGGAGGAGCUGCGGGCACUGAAGGACUGCCCCAGGAGGAGGUUGGUGGUGCUGAGGUUCAGCUUGCAGGGGCUGAAGGUCUACGGUGCUGAUGGGGAGACGCUGCUGAUGGCUCACGCCCUGCGCCGGAUCCUGUACAGCACCUGGCGCCACACCGACCGACAGUUCGCCUUCGUGGCCCGCAACCCCCGCAGCCCCCCCAGCCCCCUCUUCUGCCACCUCUUCGUGGGGCUCCCAGGCGAGGUCCACACCUUGCACCUCUUGCUCUGCCGCUGCUUCCAGCUCUGCUACCUCCUGGCCCACCCUGAGGAGCAGGCAGCCGAGGGGGACCCCCCGGGGCUGGGGGUGCUGCGGGAGCCCCUCAACCCCGAGGAGGUGUCGCGCAACGUCAACGCCCUCGUCUCCUUCCGCCGCCUGCCCGCGCCUGCUGCCCCGGGCUGCUGGGGCGCAGGGGAGCGGCGACUGGAGGCAGAAGGCAGAGUCAGUGCCUGGCGCCCGGGGAACCCCUACUGCUCCCCGGUCCUGGUGCGCAAAAAAGCCAUCCGCAGCAAGGUGCUGCGCUCGGGGGCUUACCGCGACUGCGGCGCCGACGCUCAGCUCCACCAGCCCCCCCGCGACGCCGCAGCAGGUUGUGAGAGCAAAGGGGCGAGGAGCUUGGCCUUCCUCCCUGAAAACGAGGGCGUCCUCGCCGAGAGCGUGUGGGCCUUCGCGGGCAUCGCCAGGGAUGCUGGCCUGGAGCUGCUGCGGCAGGAUGUCCCUGGCGCCUUCCUGCUGCGCCCCGAGCCGGGGCUGGCCAAGCGCUGGUGCCUCUGGGUGCGGACGCCCUGCGGCAUCGUCCCCUACUGCCUCUUCAGGACCCACCAGGGCAGGUUCUGCGUGGAGCACUCCAACGCCGAGUUCUCCAGCGUGGCAGCUCUCCUGACCCACUACUCCGGGGCACCGGGCGGCUGCUUCUGCCGCUUGGCCUCGGGCCACCGCAACCCCGGCUACGAGGAGCAAGACCCCGGCUGUGAGGAACAGGACCCCAGCGCCUGGGGGGAGGCCGCCUGGGCCCCUGCCUCCCCCAUCGGGGUGCAGCACGAGCGGGGCUAGGCCCGGCCACCCCCAAGGAUCCCCUGGAGCUUUAAA